AUGGUCGUGUGCUUCCAAGAUAUCCCCCUACCAUCUCCCCAUCUCCCCACCUCACAACUUGUAAAUCCAGUCAUGCUCUCCAUCUACCCCCAACCCACUGCUCUCCCCUCGAAGGACACCUCGCACCUUCAGUUGGAGGUCAACGAGCUCGGUAAUCUCAAUGACGCGGUUCAAUCAUUUACAACCCGCACUGUCCACACAGGAACAUCUGCUGUUCGUUUGCAUUGCACCAUUCCGACCUGGAGCGCCUCAACUGACACAUGUCUGGAUUUGCAUGAUCUUCAAGAAGUAAAAGCGAGGUUCCUGCAUUUUAUUCAUGAUUUACUACAAUCGCUUCGGUCAGCUGGGGUGUCUGCGUCGUACUCCCUGGCUCCUUCCAGUUCCCCUCUAUGCCUCGUGAGUCAACGACCAAUCGACACCGAGGUGCUUCAAAAGGUUGGUCAAUGCAGCAAUCAAUUCAAACGAAAACAAGUUACUUUGAUUGACCUCGAAGAUGCACCAUGCCUGGUCAUCACGUAG